CGUAGGAGGCCCAAUGGCCUUUCCGAUGGGGCGUGGCCGAACAGGGAACCCAGGAGGAGGAGGAGGAGGAGGAGGAUGAGAAGUUGAUGAGGAGGCGCCUGGUGGGGGAAGAUGGCUGACUUUCUGAAAGGGUUGCCAGUUUAUAACAAAAGCAACUUCAGCCGAUUCCAUGCAGAUUCUGUAUGCAAAGCAUCAAACAGACGGCCUUCAGUUUAUCUUCCAACACGGGAAUAUCCAUCAGAACAGAUAAUUGUCACAGAAAAGACAAAUAUACUCUUGCGUUACCUACAUCAGCAGUGGGACAAAAAGAAUGCGGCAAAGAAAAGAGAUCCUGAGCAAGUGGAAAUAGAAGGCGAAAACUCUGCCCCGCCUUGCAAAAUUGCCCGGACAGACAGCCAAGAUAUGAAUGAGGACACUUAAAAUUCUCUCCAGUCUUCUGUGUUAAAAUUUAAAGGCGCUUCCUGUGUGGGUUUUUUUUUCUCUGUGUGUAUACAUCCAUUUUUUGUAUUAUUUAUGCGUGUGCUCGCUCUCUCUCGGUCAGAGCAAGUCAGAAAGUAAUGAUGUUUAAUCUGUGAUCAAUGCUUUUUUUAAAAAAUGAAAAAAAUCCACUCUUGUGGCUACCCCUUUUCUGUUACAAGGCGAGCUGAUCUCACAAGGAGCUCAGUUCAGGCUGACAGCCGCCCCCCGCCCUGUGUCCUCUCCUCUGUUCACAUUAUUGAGAGUUUCCAUCUCACAAUUGCUGUACAAUUACUGGUGUGUCAUGAGUUACAUUUGUUUCUGUAACAGGAAGAACUUGGAAGGGGGAUGCUUAUUUCUUUCCCAUCCUUCUCCAGGUGUGUUCCUACUUGCAUACCAUUUUCCGUUUUCCAGCAGCGGUGGGGGAUCAGGUUGUUUGCAACGGUCCUUCUUCAGCUGAUGGUCUCUAGCAGAGAUCUUACCCAUUUUGCUGGCAAAUGCUGUGUUAUCAUGUUCCCAUCUUUGGCCUGUCUCCUCCUUCCUCACCCUCUGGCUCCCCCCCCGGAACUCGUUAGCGCAUUGGCGUAGAUUGCAAGCAAAACACCACUUUGGCUUGCCCUGCAUCUCUUUUGCACCACUCUUAGAAUGGACCAGUUCUGUGCAACUUUUCAAGUAGAAUAAAGCAGGAUAUUUCUCACCACUUUUGAUGAGUAUUUGUUUAAAAAAAAACUCCGUUGGAAAUUCUAGGGUGGGGUCCAGCAGCAUCAAUCUCUUGGGCUGCCUGCAGUUCUCAGAUUAGUUGCACAUCCUUGAUGCAAGAAAUCAGAUCCCUGGUAAGGGCUCAGUGUCCUAUCUUGCAGCCUGCUGCUUGGAAGAGAGAGAUGUGUGUGUCAGAGAAUGUGUGUCUCUGUUAGAAGUGUGCAAAACAUUUCAAGGUCAGAACCUUGUAGCGUUAAUUUUGAAAUUUACCUAAAUCUAAGUUGAAGUUGGAACACUCUUAGUAAGGUUGGUACAGGCUUCAAACUGCAGAAUACCCAUUCUGAGAUUGGAAUAUUUUAAGGUCAAAACAUUUUAAUUUUAAAAAUGAUUUUGCACAUUUCUAAUCAUGUUUUUUUUAAAGCUCUGGACCCAACCACUUCUUCAUUCUGUUACAUGGCCUGCAACAGUUUACCCAGAGGAAAUACAGAUUUGAAAGAAAAAAGGUUGCUAAUCCCAAUUUUGUGCAACGAAGAGCUUAAUUCUGUGAUGCUUGAACAUUUUAAGCUCAGUCAGGUGGUUGUGUAUUGGGCUGGAGCCGCCGCUUCUAAUUGGCAGCCUCUCUCUAAGGUUGCCUGUCCCAUGAGAACAAAACAAAUGAGAAGGAAACUAUUCCAGUUUCUCAUACAAGUGAAAUAAUGACUGGUGGGUUUCGGUAACUGGUAGUGCUGCUGCAGAACUGAUACUCUGCCAAUAUUCUUUGGCUCCUUGGUUAAGCAGGCUGUGUGACUACACUCUUGGUCUUUUUGCAUCAAAGCAGGUUGACUUAGUUCAGGGACAAUCAUCAAAAAAAAGGAGUGCCCUCUGAAGAAUGUAGAGAUUUGGUGAAUUAUUGGAGCUAAAGGUGCUGUAAUUGCUUAUUCAAACAAGCUGUCACAGGAUGGUGUCGAUGUGGUCGGUCUCUGGGUUAGUGCUAGUCCUGUAGAAUAACUUCCAGAUUGCACUCUUCAAAACCCCAACUCCAGUAUCUUUUAGGUGUGUUUAAAAAUGCAUCCUUUUUAUGUUGCCUUUUCUCAACAGGUAGAACUCCCUAGUUCUUUCAGUAGAUUGUUUUCACCUUGUAAUCGUUUUUGUAAUUGUUGUGAACUGUGGUGAGGCUUUUACAGUGAAAAGCAGUAUCCAAAUGUUUUCAUCGCCAAGUAAUAAACUAGCAUCUUCUUUAAAUACAGA